AUGUCGCCGACUGUUGAUAAACAAUAUCACUUAUUUGACUGCAUUCAGCACCUCCCCGGCACUCGCACCGUAUCCUUGUUGACCCCACAAACACACCAUCCCUCCCACAAGGACCAUUCGCAUCCCGCAGCACAGAGGAACUUUAGUCCAAACUCCAUCUUCCCACUUCUAACAAACAUCCCCCCAAAAUGGCCCUCCACGCCGCCUCCUCCCCCAAAAAAAGUCGACCAAACCCUCCAACAAACCCCCGGCAUCCAAAUCUUCCUCCAACCCAUCGCCCCGCCCGCCGCCCUCGGUCUCGCCGGCUUCGCAGGCUCAACAUGGAUAACCUCAUCCUACAUCGCCAACUGGUGGGGCAACUCCGAGUCGCCAACCAUCUUCUUCCCUUUCGUAGGUCUGUUCGGCGGCCUGGCGCAGUUCAUCGCAGGAUUAUACGGGUUCAAAGCGAGGGAUACGCUGGCGGCUGGUGCGUUGGAACCACAUGAAGUGCACACGCACUUCCCCGAACUGGCGUCCUGGUUUGUGAUACUUUGCGUCUUCACCUGGUCGGGCGCGCUCGCAGCCACGGCACGUGAUGUCGUCCUCAGCGUCUGUCUCUUCUCCCUGGCUAUUGGCAGUACGAUCGCUUGCUGCAUGUUCGCGUACAACGGCCGUCGCGUCACCACGGCGGAUACUAGCGCGUCGGGCGAUAGCCUCACUGGCGGAGUAACGAUGGGCAUGAAGGCUGCGAGCUACUUCUGGAUGCUGUCCGCCCUCUGCGCUUGGUGGAGAGUGACGGUGUAUCUCGUCGAAGAGGCAUAUGGACCUGAUCACACGAUCACGAAGUUCUUCCCUAUUGGUAGGACGCCGAUGGAGAGAAGGGCUCCUUUGGUUAUUCCGGGUUUGGGCGAGCCUGGUGUUAAGAGGGGUGUUCCGAAGCCAUUGCCGGUAUGA